AUGAUAUUGGUAUAUUGGAAGAGGUCUAUGCUCAUCAGUGGAGUAGUGUUAACUAUUUUUACUCCACACUACUGUCAAACUGACAUUUUUGUAUCUGAAAUUAGAGAUUUGCGCGGGAAUUGUGAUCCAUUAAUUGUGUUUUUUUUUAUUUCUUUCACAACGAUCGUGAGCGAGGUCCACACGAUGUCUCAAAACUGCAAGUCUUCAUACGCAACCGCGACAACUCGGGAUGCGAAUAACAACACGCUGUACCACGGAGGACCUGGGCAGGGCUACGGGGGGAGGGGCUAUACACCCCCUAGCGUCACCAGCAAUGGAAAAUAUCAGCAAAUGACAACGAAAGUGUUGUUUGGCAAUCGACAUCUAGAUAUCGGUGCUGAAUAUGUGAUAAGACAAUAUUGGAAGCUAAGGAGUGAUCUCGAAAGACAGAGUUAUUGUCCAUAA